AUGAAAGGCGGUGUUCUGCAUAGGCUCCUUGUCAACAAGCUAUGCUUGGGCCUUUUAUUAGUUCUCCUCGUUGUGCCGAUUGUCAUUUUGUUGCUGGGCACAACUCCAGAACAGCUGAAACUUCUCUCCCAAGGUUUCCUACAGCAGCAUGGACUGGAACAUAUUGGAGAUAAUGUAUCAGCUCUAGUUGUGCCUGCAGGUCCAGCUUAUAACGACGACACUCACACGAGUAUAACCAGACGGAACAAAUGGAACAAAGACUGUAACUAUGCAAAGGGAAAGUGGGUGGCAGAUGAGAAACGGCCACUCUAUUCAGGUAAUGAGUGCAAGCAAUGGCUGUCCAAAAUGUGGGCUUGUCGAAUGAUGCAACGCACAGAUUUCUUCUAUGAGAGUUACCGGUGGCAGCCGCACGGUUGUGAGAUGCCUGAGUUUUCAGGUCCUAACUUGUUGAGCAGGCUGAGGCAUAAAACUCUUGCUUUUGUGGGUGAUUCCCUCGGGAGACAGCAAUUUCAGUCCAUCAUGUGUAUAGCAACAGGUGGUAAAUACAGCCCAGAUGUUGAAGAUGUUGGUUGGAAAUAUGGCCUUGUCAAAGCUCCAGGUGCUUUGAGACCUGAUGGGUGGGCUUAUCGAUUUCCAGAGACUAACACCACUAUCCUUUACUACUGGUCUGCUAGCCUAUCUGAACUGGAACCUUUGAACACAACAAAUUCAGUGACUAGCUAUGCGUUGCAUCUUGAUCGGCCAGUAACAUUCUUGAAGAAGUAUUUCCAUGGUUUUGAUGUUCUAGUACUGAACACUGGUCAUCACUGGAACAGAGGGAAAUUCAAUGGAAAUCAUUGGGAAUUGUAUGCCAAUGGGGAGCCUGUAGGGAAAGGUCGACUUGCAGAUCUCAACCGUGCAAAGAAUCUUACACUGUAUAGCAUUGCCAGGUGGGUGGAUUCAGAACUCGCAAGCCGUCCUCAGAUGAAAGCUUUUCUGAGGACAAUGUCACCGAGGCAUUUUGUAAAUGGCGAUUGGAACACUGGUGGAAGUUGUGGUAAUAGCGUUCCCUUUUCUAAUGGAAGCGAGGUCUUGCAGGAUCAUUCAAGUGACUUGCCUGCAGAGCGUGCUGUAAAUGGAACUCAGGUUAAGCUUUUGGAUAUUACUUCUACGUCACAACUACGAGAUGAGGGGCACAUCUCAAAUCGUACUUUCAGAGCUCCAACAGGCAUUCAUGAUUGCUUGCACUGGUGCCUUCCUGGUAUACCAGAUAUGUGGAAUGAGCUCCUCUUUGCACAGAUUUAG